AUGGCCUCCGAAAAAGAGCUACAACAAUUCUACAUUGGUCAGGACAUCAUUACAGUCCCCAAACCAGCCGCCAUCCUCGACGCAGCAAUCAUCCGGCGUCAUUGCCGGGAAAUGCUCGAGACAAUCCAGCUACUAAACGUCGGAUUCAGAGCUCAUAUCAAAUCCCACAAAACAACACAAAUAGCCAGCCUCCAAGUCAGCACAAACCCAACCCUCACCGCAAACUUCAUCGUCUCAACAAUCCUCGAGCUAGAAACGCUGCUCCCACUCCUGCUUCAAUUCAAGGCCCAAAACCGCGCUUUCAACGUCCUUUACGGCAUCCCACUCGCCCCUUCUCAUGUCCAGCGCCUAGCCGAAAUAGCUCUUGACCUGAGUGUCGCCGAGAGUAUAAGCGUCAUAAUCGACCAUCCCACUCAACUCGACCAUUUGCAGCAAUUCUGGUCUACUAUCACAAAGCCGCCAGUGAUUGGCGUAUUCCUCAAGGUAGAUACGGGAUAUCAUCGCGCUGGCCUACCGCCUACAGCACUCAAUAAAUCGCAUCUCGUCGAGAGAAUCGUCGAGGCUGAGCGGGCAGGGGUAGUGAAGUUGCUAGGUGUGUAUUCGCACAGUUCGCUAAGUUAUGCGGCUACAACGCCCGAAGAGGCUAUGAUGCAUUUGGUGAGUGAGAUAGAGGGUUGUAAAGAUGCUUUGAGGCUACAUGCGAACCUUUUGUCACCAGUACCACUGGACAAGGGCAAGAAGAGGGAAGUAGUUAUUAGUGUCGGUGCAACACCGCAAAUUCUUUCGUCGAGAUAUCUGUUAUUACCACACGGAAAUGAGAGUCCCGAAGCAGCGGCCCUGAGACAAGCAUUGAGAGUGCAGGAGAUAUCUCCCUCAUUGGAAGUCAAGAUUGAGUUCCACGCUGGUGUUUAUACGUUACUUGACAUGCAGCAAUUCUCCACCAAUGCAUCCGUCUCUGCCGCUUUGUCUGAAAGAAGUCCCAAGACCGAAAUAGCAAUCUCAAUCCUGACAGAGGUGUGUAGCAUUUACAACGACGGCGAGCGCGAAACACCCGAAGCGCUUCUGGCGGCUGGAACGUUGGCGUUGGGCAGGGAGCCGUGUGCUUCAUAUUCCGGCUGGGGGGUCCUCUCAUCUUGGAAGAGACAGACUUCAAAUGACGACCGGCUGAUUGUGGCGCGAAUCAGCCAGGAACACGCCAUCGUCUCCUACGAGUCUGGAGGCGACGGAAGAAUCCCGCUAUCAGUAGGCCAAAUAGUCAAAAUCUUCCCGAAUCAUGCUUGUGUCGCCGGCGCGUUCUAUAAUCAUUACUUCGUCGUUGAUUCUGAGCUCGAUCCGAAUGCUGCUAAGAUCGUGGAUGUGUGGGUUCGAGCCAAAGGGAGUGACGAGAUUACAAGUCGAUUAUCGCGUUCUAGGAAUCAGUAG